CUUGUUCGCAAAAGCUUCAAACACAACCAGACCCUGCCAUUGAAGGUCGGGAGAAGGCCUGACUGGCUACGUAGCUUUUGGUUGUAUCCUGCUUGGCCGGACAAGCUAUCGACAGGAUCAACAGAGCAUUGUUCUCAACCAUGCUUGCGCACCUGAAGCCAUCCGCACCUGCUGCGGGGGCAAUGCCAGCAGACCCAGAACAACAACAACAGCGCCCGGGGGAGGCCCGCCAUGGCAGCAGCGUUGACGACAUUGCGGACAAAGAUGUUGCGCUGCUCAUGGUUGGCGAGACGCAGCACGAGAUCGACCCGGUUGUGGCUGCCCGCGCCGUGCGCAAGACGGAUUGGUUUUUGAUCCCGGCGAUGACGUUUGGGUAUGGGCUGGUCUAUUACGACAAGGCGAUCCUGGGCUCUGCUGCGCUCUUUGGCAUGACGAGCGACCUGGCCCUGAGCGUGCCAACUCCCGGCAACCCUAGCGUGGUCGACACAUCGCGCCUCAGCUGGGCCACCUCGCUCUUCUACUUUGGCAUGCUGGCAGGGCUGUACCCGAUGUCCUAUGCGCUGCAGCGGCUCGACCUGGGCCGGGUGCUGGGCGUCGUGGUAUGCGUGUGGGCGGUGGUGUGCGGCGCGACGGCGGGCGUGACGACGUACCAGGGCCUGUAUGUGCAGCGGUUCUUCCUGGGCUUCAUUGAGAGCGUGAUCCCGACAGGGUUCAUGACCAUCAUCUCGGGCUUCUACACGCAGCGCGAGCAGUCGCUGCGGCAGAGCUGGUGGUUCUCAGCCACGGGGCUCUGGACCAUCCUCGGCGGCGGCCUCAACUACGGCUUCGCCCAGAUCAGCACCAGCAGCAACCUCCGGCGCUGGCAGUACAUCUACAUCCUCGCCGCCGCCCUCACCUUCCUGUUUGGCCUGCUGUGCUUCGCCAUGCCCGCCUCCCCCGUGACGGCGUGGUUCCUCAGCGACGCCGAGAAGUUUGCCGCCGUCGAGCGCCUGCGCCACGGCCAGACGGGCGUGCGCUGCACAAAGUUCAAGACGGCCCAGCUGCGCGAGGCCCUCCUCGACGUCAAGAUCUGGCUCGUCUUCCUCAUGAUGAGCUCCGCGUACACCGUCAACGGCGCCGUGUCCGGCUUCGGCCCCCUCAUCGUGUCGACCUUCGGCUGGUCCACCCUCGAGAGCAUCCUCUUCCAGUUCCCCCUCGGCGGCCUCUGCUGGGUCGCCAUCCUGCUCACCGGCUGGCUGGGCUCGCGCUACGAGAACAUCAGGAUCGCCAUGCUCGUCGCGUGCUGCCUGCCCGUCAUCGCCGGCUGCGCCAUCAUCUGGAAGAGCGAGUGGACGUACCAUGCCGCCGCGCCCGUGGUCGGGUACACCAUCACGGGCACCUUUGGCGCCGUGGUCAGCUUGAUCAUCACGAUUGGCAUGAGCAACGUCGCCGGGCACACCAAGAAGAGCUUCACCUCGGCGACCAUCUUUGUGGCUUACUGCGUCGGCAACAUCGUCGGUCCACAGUUGAUCAAGUCCCAGACAAAAGUCUACCACUAUCCGGAGCUCUGGCUCGGGCUCAUUAUAUGCUACUGCAUCACAAUCAUCUCCUCGGUGACGCUGUACUUUGUCCUGCGGCGCGAGAAUCGCCAGAAAGACGCUGCUGCCGUUUCCGCCACAGGGGCCACGGAGGAGAACGACGGCGGCGGUGGUGGUGGUGGUGCCACCAGGUCGCUCGACAGCGAUGUGGAGCGCGCGAAGCUGGCGUUCCUGGACUUGACGGACAAGGAGAACCCGUACUUUCGAUACGUCAUGUAGGGUUGAGCCGCUUUGGUGUAGGAUAUGCUUCUUCGCCUGCUGCGAGGUCGGAAAAAGUCUGAGUUUAGACGGGUUGUGAAUCAGGCAGGCACGACGAAUCCUGGGUGACAGAGAAUGUUGGACAUUUGAGUGGGAGACUUGGUUCUGCCCACUUUGUCGUGGGUGCCCCCUGCAGCGGUUUGAACUGUGGCUGCUGUCUAAUACACGCGGGACGGCCAACAUCGACUUGGGCCGCAUUCGUCGAGUCUAUGGAGAGUAAAAAAUUGAUUCUCGUUUACGAUUGCAGGCACCAGAUUGCAUUGCACGUGGCA